GAGCAGCCGAUUGGCAGAGCGGUGCUUUCAGGAACAAUAACAGUGGGGGGAGCACGGGUCCCGGGGAGCCGCCCCCGCCCCCCGGCCCGGCCGCGCGGCUCGCGCCCCCCGCCGGGUCCCCACCUCCGCGCCCGCCCCGCGGGCUGACCGGCCCGACCGGGGCCCGCCCCCGGCGCCCACCAUGUACGCCUUUGUGCGGUUCCUGGAGGACAACGUCUGCUACGCGCUGCCAGUGUCGUGCGUGCGCGACUUCAGCCCCCGCUCGCGGCUGGAUUUUGACAACCAGAAGGUGUACGCCGUGUACCGGGGUCCGGAGGAGCUGGGCGCCGGGCCCGAGAGCCCCCCGCGCGCCUCCCGCGACUGGGGCGCGCUGCUGCUCCACAAGGCCCAGAUCCUGGCGCUGGCAGAAGACAAAUCUGAUCUUGAAAACAGUGUGAUGCAGAAGAAAAUAAAAAUCCCCAAACUUUCUCUCAAUCAUGUAGAAGAAGAUGGGGAGGUUAAAGAUUAUGGGGAUGAAGAUUUACAGCUUAGACACAUCAAGAGACCCGAGGGGCGGAAGCCGAGCGAAGCGGCGCAUAAGAGCAUUGAGGCCGUGGUGGCCCGGCUGGAGAAGCAGAACGGCCUGAGCCUGGGCCACAGCACGUGUCCGGAGGAGGUCUUCGUGGAGGCCUCGCCGGGCAUGGAGGACAUGGACAGUCUGGAGGAUGCCGUCGUGCCCCGGGCUCUGUAUGAGGAGCUGCUGCGCAACUACCAGCAGCAGCAGGAGGAGAUGCGCCACCUCCAGCAGGAGCUGGAGCGGACUCGGAGGCAGCUGGUCCAGCAGGCCAAGAAGCUCAAGGAGUACGGGGCACUUGUGUCGGAAAUGAAGGAGCUCCGGGACCUCAACCGGAGGCUCCAGGACGUGCUGCUCCUGAGGCUUGGCAGUGGUCCCGCCAUUGACUUGGAAAAAGUAAAGUCAGAAUGUCUCGAGCCCGAGCCGGAGUUACGGAGCACUUUCAGUGAGGAAGCAAAUACGUCGUCCUAUUACCCUGCUCCUGCACCUGUCAUGGACAAGUAUAUCCUAGACAAUGGCAAGGUCCAUCUGGGAAGCGGGAUUUGGGUUGAUGAGGAGAAAUGGCACCAGCUACAAGUAACCCAAGGAGAUUCCAAGUACACAAAGAACUUGGCAGUCAUGAUUUGGGGAACAGAUGUUCUGAAGAACAGAAGCGUCACAGGAGUUGCCACAAAAAAAAAGAAAGAUGCGGUCCCUAAGCCACCCCUCUCGCCUCACAAACUAAGCAUUGUCAGAGAGUGUUUGUAUGACAGAAUAGCACAAGAAACUGUGGAUGAAACUGAAAUUGCACAGAGACUCUCCAAAGUCAACAAGUACAUCUGUGAAAAAAUCAUGGAUAUCAAUAAAUCCUGUAAAAAUGAAGAACGAAGGGAAGCAAAAUACAAUUUGCAAUAAACUUUGGAUUUUUCAUAAAGCCUUAUCGUUUUUCCUUGCGUGGCUUGUGAUUUGCGGGCGAUGGUGCUGUCCAGAUCAGACCCAACCGUGCGUGGUGGGAUGCGGGCAGGGAGCCAGCAGGUUUCCAGGGUCAUCGACUUGCCCUGAACGUGGACUCCCCAUUCCAAAGAAGUCAGACGGAUUUGCUGAGACUCAGGCAGCAACAUGGCGCCAGCGUCAUUCUGGGGAUGGGGAAAGUACUGUCUUUUCGGAGGGGGAUAAAGUGUCUCUGAGUUGCCUAUCACUUGACUGAGAAUUUGAACUAAUAUUUUUACCAUUCAAGGACUUCUAUCUCUGUUCCUCUAUUUUGUUCUAUAAUAAAGCCUCAUUAAUUCUUUGA